AUGGAAAAGACACCGAUGAAAACAAGCACGUUGGAAACCCGACGCGCGCGCGAGCAAACGACCUCAACGUCAGCCAAUCAACCGACCUACCUACACCGCCGCCAGCAUUUAAUCUUCUUCGACGCUGCAACCCUCGCCUCGCCUCCAGCUCCGUCCAACACGCACAAACCUGCAAAGCGCGUGAGCCCCAGCCCAAACGGAUCUGAUCGCCGAUCCGGGGCGCCAUUGGCCCAAAGCGGCUUUUCCGACACCGACUGCAAAUACACUGUAAAAGGGUUGCACAUGUUGUAG